AUGCCACCGGCUCUGGGCAUUGCCCUCUUGUAUGCCCUGCUGACCCCAUCACUAAGCGAGCAAAAAGAUGCCGUCCUCAGGCUCAAUAAAGAUGUUUUAAGUGAUGCUCUUACAGGCUCGCUCAGGCAAGGCAACGCCCUCCAAGGUGGCCUCGGAGAGGUGCCGCUCGGCAGCGGACGUCCCAGCACAGAUGAAAGUGGGGACCUGUUGCGUGGCCUCGGAGGAGGUCUCCUUGGUGGUGGUGGUGGUCUGCUUGGUGGUAUUACUGGUGGUUUGCUGGGUGGCAGAGGGCUGCUGGGGGGGCUGACUGGUGGUCUGCUUGGUGGAGGGGGCGAUGCUGGUGGUGGCUUGCUGGGUGGAGGGGCUGGUGGAAGUGCUUAUGGGGGGAGCCCCAGAAACCCUGCCAGAGGCUGGCUGGCACCUGGUGGCGAUGUCCCCAGGGGAGACAUCCCCACAGGGGUUGCUGGAGGAGCGUUGGGACAAGGAGGUCUGCUCGGUGACGGAGGUCUCCUCAGCACAGCAGGGAUCCUCGGUGGCUCCAGUGGCUUUCUUGGCAGAGGAGGGCUUCUGGGCAACGGAGGGCUGCUGGGAGGCGGCGGCCUGCUCGACGUCCUCGGGGAAGGCGGCUUGCUCAGCACGGUCCAGGGGCUCACCGGGCUGAGGAUCGUGGAGCUGACGCUCCCCAGGGUGUCCCUGCGGCUCCUGCCUGGCAUCGGUGUCCACCUCAACCUCUACACACGGGUGGCCCUCAAUGCCAAGAGCCUCCUGGGUUUGCUCGACAUUGCAGUGGAAGUGAACAUCACGUCAAGGGUCAGGCUAACCAUGGACGGCACAGGCUACCCCAAACUGGUGACAGAAAGAUGCGAUACCCUCCUUGGUGGCAUUAAAGUCAGACUCCUGAGAGGCCUGCUCCCAGUUGUGGAUAAUUUAUUGGCAAGUGCCCUGAGCAGACUUCUUCCUAAUCUGCUCUGCCCGGUGGUCGACGUUGCCCUGGGACUCGUCAACGACCAGCUGGGUCUUGUGAACUCACUGGUGCCCCUGGGCUUGCUGGGCAGUAUCCAGUACACCGUGUCCAGCCUUCCCCUGGUAACCGGCCAGUUCCUCGAGGUAGACUUGAAUACUGUCGUCGGGCGAGUGGCAGGAGGCCUGGUGGACUAUCCCCUGGGAAAGGCAGAAGCUGUCCCCACACCACCACGGGUCCCCAUGCCACCCCUGCCACCGAUGGUGGACACCAGUUCCUCCCAGCUGGGCCUCUCUGUGAACUUCCUCAGCUCGGUGCUGUCUGUCCUGCAGAAGGAGGGUGCCCUGGACCUGGACAUCUCCACUGGCAUGUUUCCUGAGCUCCCUCCACUAACAACAUCAACCCUUGGAGCCCUGGUUCCUGCGGUUUUUGAGGCGUACCCCGAGUCACGUGAAUUGCUGCUGAAAAUUGCAGUCCCUGAAGCACCUGUGGUAACCUUAAAGAAAAAUAAAGGUGUGAUCCAGCUCAUGGCUACAGCAGAGGUGAUGGUGAUCCACCCAGAUGAUGUCCAGAGGUCUCUCUGCCUUCUGAAUAUUAACACCUCCUUGCUGGCCCAGUUUUCGGUUGAGGACAACAAACUGAAGAUCGGCGUCAGCCUGGAGAAGGCUGAUCUCUCCUUGGCGUCUUCGUCCGUUGGUGGUUUUGAUGUCUCACUCCUGGAGAUGCUCGUUGACCAGAUUUUCGAUGUUGCCUUCCUGCCUGCAAUGAACAGCGUGCUGGGAGUGGGGGUUCCCCUCCCGAGGCUGCUGAACAUCGACUUCACCAGUGCGGACAUUGAUGUCAUGGAAGAUCUCAUCGUGCUGUCGGCAUGA